GAAGUGCGUCAGAGGAGGUACAGGGAGAGUAGGGCGCUGUGGUCUGAGCUUGAGGGUGAAGCUGGCGGAGUAGGAGGAUGGGCGAGCAGUCUGAAUGCCAGAAUGGAUAACCGUUUUGCUACAGCGUUUGUAAUAGCGUGUGUGCUUAGCCUCAUCUCUACCAUCUACAUGGCAGCCUCAAUUGGCACAGACUUCUGGUAUGAGUAUCGAAGUCCAGUUCAAGAAAAUUCCAGUGAUUUGAACAAAAGCAUCUGGGUCAACUUCGCUAGUGAUGAAGCAGAUGAAAAGACUUAUAAUGAUGUACUUUUUCGAUAUAACGGCACAGUGGGAUUGUGGAGACGGUGUAUCACUAUACCCCAAAACAUAGAGUGGGGUAACCACGAAAGGACAGAAUCAUUUGAUGUGGUUACAAGAUGCAUGAGUUUCACACUAAGUGAGCAGUUCAUGGAGAAAUUUGUUGAUCCUGGAAAUCACAAUGCUGGGAUUGAUCUGCUUCGGACCUAUCUUUGGCGUUGCCAGUUCCUAUUACCUUUUGUGAGUCUAGGUUUGAUGUGCUUUGGGGCUUUGAUUGGACUUUGUGCUUGUAUCUGCCGCAGCUUGUAUCCCACCAUUGCCACAGGCAUUCUCCAUCUCCUUGCAGGUCUGUGCACACUGGGCUCAGUGAGUUGUUAUGUUGCUGGAAUUGAACUACUCCACCAGAAACUAAAGCUGCCUGAGAAUGUGUCUGGGGAAUUUGGAUGGUCCUUCUGCCUGGCUUGCGUCUCAGCUCCAUUACAGUUCAUGGCUUCUGCUCUCUUCAUCUGGGCAGCUCACACCAACCGGAAAGAGUACACCUUAAUGAAGGCAUAUCGUGUGGCAUGAAUGGGAGGCCAGCUGCUUCGCAAUUGCCAUUUUUAUUCUUUUUUUAAGAGUAAUAUUUUCCCUGUCACUCCCUCCCAACUGUUUUUAAUUUAACUUUUUUUUUUUUUUUGGCUGAUAUAUCAUUUUAUCUUGAAAAUCCAUUUUAUUUAUUCACACAGUUUUUGAAAAUACUAAAAUUUAUAUGCACUACUUUGAUUCCAAACAAACUGAUGUAGGGUCAGAGUCCAGACAGAAGGAAAUGGGUGGGUACUUGGCACAAAUUUGUUAAAGAUAACUGAUAGUGGGAAAUUGACCCAGAGCAAGUUCUGCUGAUGUCUAUUAGACUUCUCCGUAAAGUAAUUAAUUAUAUUUGCUCAACUGGAAAUUUUAUUUUUAUUGGGAAACCUCACUAUUAUCAAGACUUACGUUGACUUUGCUGUUAUAGAAAGCCAGUCAGCCAGAGGUAUUAGUGCUGUUUUCAAACACUUAAGGUACAUAAAAUAGGAGAAUUACUUAAAAUCCUUUUCCCUAAAUAUCGUUAUAUAGUUUCACUGAGAUGAAAUAUGGCAGCUGUUUAUGUACACCAUAUUUGUCUAUAAGAAAGGGAGUGAAAAACAUAGUAAUUUACUUGAAAUUUUAAUUUUGUAACUGCAGGAAUUCCAAUUCACCCAGAAUAGAAGAUUAACCUUGUUUUAUUUUAUUUUUUUAAACUCUCUUUAAAAAUUCUGUGGGAUUUUCAGUACCAUCAAACCAUUUUGGAUUUUUACUCCUUCCCCCUUAACACACCAGGCUUGUUCAAAGAGUGCUUUCUUUUUAAUAUUACAUUGGGGUCACAGAGUAAAAUUCUUCAACUGCUAUCUCUUUAUUUCAGCUGAGUACCAACCAUAAAGAACGUUCCAUCAUAAAGACCCUCUGGAGUUAGGAAAACUACUACAACCAGGCUGGUCAUUAACUUCCAACUAUGGUCUUUAUUUCUUGUGGUGAAAUGAUGUGCCUUUCCUUGCCUAAAUCCCUUCCUGGUGUGUAUCAACAUUAUUUAAUGUCUUCUAAUUCAGUCAUUUUUUUUUUUGAUAAAUGUCUAUAAACAUUGAACUUUUAAAAAUUUUAUUUAUUUAUUUCAUUACUGUAGCACUUGACAGAUUUUUUAAAAUGUAAUUUAGUAAUUUCUUACAAUACACUAAAUCUGUCUUUUAUAAAAAAUAAAAUAAAAAAUGAGAAGAGACUCAGUUGAUUUAAAUUUCAGUACCUUAGCAUAAAAAUGUACAAGAAUUUGAAUGAGUAUCUCUGUGGUUCUCUGUGGAAAAUGCAUUGUUGCUUUAUAGGCCUACCUUUAUGUCUAGUGUUUGGGUUUCUAUUUUAUCUUCCCUCUUGCCCCCAUUAGAAAAUAAGAGACUAUCACUUACAUUUGAGAGUUUAAAAUUAUGUUUUCAAAGUAGUUCUGUGAUCUGUCGUACUUAAUGUGGCUAGUUUCUCAUAAAUUCACUUAAUGGCUGUGGAUAUUUGUGUUUUGUAUUAAAGAAAUAAUCAAGUCAGCUUUUGACAUCCAACAAA